UGACACCUAAUUGUAUAAUUUAAAAAUUACGGCUGCAAUGAUUGUCGCAUAAGAUAUGUCAAAUUUAGAGAAAACAGAGAAAGUUAUUUUAAGAACAAGAAUAACGUAGCACACCUCGAUCUAUGAAGUUAAAAAUUCAAAUUAAAUAAAAAAUCAUUUAGGUACUUAGGUACCAAAGUUUCGAGCGUAUCUUUAUUUGGCUGUUUCCGUAAUGUAAAUAAUAUAUAAAACUGACUUCGUACUCCACUAGCUUUUGUCGCAAAAUAUGCAGAUCCUACUUAAAUAUGCACUUUACCCAGUCCACGCCUGCUUUCAGCCGUUGUUUGUGUAUGACCUAUUUUUCUUUUAACAAGCCUUUGUUGCGAUGGUAAUUACCUGUAAAACUUAAGCUCAGAGGUCUAAUUUCUGCCUUUUUCACUCGGCUGCAUAAAAACGAGGGUAAUUUGAGACUAUUCUGUAGGUGAAAACAAGUUGAACGUACAAAGUUAAGACAUGGUUUGACAAUCAGAGCUUUCCGUUUCAAUACACAUCCGUUAAAGCGUCGAUAGAACAGAAAAGUGUAAACAAAGCAUAUCUGUUAGUUCUGCCAAAUAAUCGUUUUUUUUUUUUUCAAAUGAAAAACACGCUCCUCGUUCCAUGAAAAAUCGCCGAUCGAGACUUUUCCGGGCAGGUACGCCGGAAAUUCCAACACGCACAGCGUUUCAUGUAGGGUGCAUUCGACAGCUGAUAGGCCUAAUACAAACUCUUUGUAUAGCCUCACAUUGAGCGUCAAGUCAUUGAACGGAGGGCGGGGGCGCGCAUGCGUACUCAUAUCUACCAAAUUGGGUUGCUAUCCCCCACACCAAAUGCAUUCGUGGUGGAAAAUGCUACAUUAUUUGUGUUGAACUUUGUGGAUUGAAUGUCAAUUUGAACGAUAUCGUGCAAGUUUUUGUGUUCAGUUUUUAUGCUGAAAUUCAUGACAAAAGAUUUGGCGGAUUUACUGUGAUUUUUUAUCAUUUCAUUCUAUUUAUUCGAUGUAUGCAACAACUUCGACGGGAAUAUUUUAUGUGAGAGUUGAAUUAAGGUGAUAGGUUAAGGGGUAAAACUCGACGGUACGUAAUCUUAGCCGCGAGCUAGCAACCCGAAUUUUGAACGGAGUCCUGUCAGUCCACCAUUGCGUAUUACGUUGGGAAUGAUAAUAAUAAAAAUAAUCGUUUAUUUCUGAUACAGAUGUCGUGUUUACUAAUUUGAACACUAUAACAUAAAGUAGGAUUUGUUGAUGUAUUAGAGAGCUAGAUUAAUUUAGCCAAAUAAAAAUAGUGUGAGAAGCGUCGUGUUGUGUUUUGACGCGGGUGGCGGUUGCGGAGCGCGCGGCGGUAUGGCGCUCCGGUGGUGACUGUGAUCAGUCGUGUGGCGCGCGCGUUAGCGGCCACUGUUGUCCCAGUGCUCAUGCGAGUGCAGUGCCGGCACGAUGAAGUGGCGCGCGCGCGCGGCCCCUUCCCGUGCCAAAGAGCGCGCAAACAUCAGUUUCUUCAUCUUCAUCAUGUUCUUUGCUGUGUUCGGUGUGAUAGUCCUCACUGAACUACUGCUGCUGGAGCGCCCCAAUGUUCCUGGCUCAGCGAGGUCCCGCUACAGUGAAAAUCUGCAGGGCUGGGAGGGCAGGACGGAGACGGGGGGCGGGGAGAACGGGGAGCCCCCGCCACCUGCGCACGCGCCCCUUGACGCCGUGUGGCAGCCCGUCGCCGGUACUAGGUUUAGGUUUUACGUGUACUCAGCUUACGUGGAGCGCCGGACGGUGGCGGCAGUUCGCAUCAUCGCAGCGACGAAGACCCGCGGCGCUGACUCCGUCAUGUGUCGCAUGUGGCUGCCGGAUAAUCGGACGCUCACGCUGAAAGCUAGAGUCAAGGCAAUACGAGAGAAUUGGAACUUGAAAUACAGCGCGACAUACGUUCUGUGCCUGCUGCGCGACUCGGGCGUCAAGCCGCAGGAGACAGUGGGGGCUUCCAUCUCCGUGGUGGCCAGCACCUCUCCCAGCAGACCGCCCACCAACCUCCUUACUGUCCUGGAUACUGAACCUAAGAGUGGGAUUGAGGAGACGCUACAUGUUUGCGUGAAGCCAUUCCACUAUUUGUAUGCUCGUGACGAGUGGCUCGUCGAGUGGUUUGAGCUCAACCGUCAGCUUGGCGCGAGUCACUUCUACAUGUACAACGAGUCGCUGAGUCCGUCGGUCGCUUGUCUGCUAGACGACUACCGCAAGCAGGGCUUAGUCACACUGCUGCAGUGGAAAUUACCAAUUGUGUCCAAGGUUGAAAUCAGGACAGAAGGCCAGUUCGCGGCGUUCAACGACUGCCUAUACAGGUCGAUGUCGAGCGCGGGCUGGCUGCUGGUCAUCGACGUGGACGAGGUGGUGCUCCCGCGGCGCGAGCGCACGCUGCCCGCGCUGCUCAUGGCGUUGCGCGCGUCGUACGACCCGCCUUCUAAAGCGCCGUCCGCCUUCCUCUUUAGGAAUGCAUUCUUUUAUUUAAGAUGGGAGGACGACGCGGAGGCCCCCGCGCCGCUGGUGACGGCGCGCAAGACGCGGCGCUGGGCGACGCCGCACGCGCUGAAGAACCGCAGCAAGUACGCGCUGCGGCCGCGCGACGCCGUCGAGCUCGGGAACCACUUCGUGUGGGAGCUCGCGCCCGGCGCCAGCUCCGCGGGCGUGCCCACCGACAGGGCGCUGCUGCAUCACUACCGGAUCGCGUGUGAAUUCGGCGGCAUGAACUGCCUAACAGUGCCGUCGACGAUCGACCGCACAUCGCAUCGGUGGGCCGAAGAACUACAACAAAGGGUCAACGCCGAGAGAAAACGCCUGACCAACGUCUGUCCCUCGUAAACAUGCGGGAAGAACUGAUCUAUACAUCUAUGUAGACUGCCUAAAUGUUCUCCAGUAUAAAGAAAGAAGUAUCUAUAGGAAGUUGCUUGGUCUCGAUGUGUGCCGUUAGGUAACAAAGACUGUUUUGACGAUUUUGUUACGGAUCGGAAAGUUAAUCUUGUUUGUUAUUGUGUUGUUAUUUAUAUUGUGGCCGAGUUUACAGGAUAACAUUUCAAAUCUAUAUCUGAAUGUAUGUUAUGUGCAGUACUGUGUCCGAUGUGAAACCAAGACAGUGCAAUGCAUGUACUGCGCGUUCUUUAGGAGCUCAUUGAAUAGGCAUUGCUAGGAGUGUCUACGACUUUGUACCAACAGUAUUUGUUAUCGAAUUCGACCAAAUCUCAAUAAUUAACUGGGGCUGUAUUGAGUGUGAGGAACAGACUGUUUUAACACCAGUGAUAAAGUUUGUCGGACAUAACGCAAACAUAUAAACAAAGAACUAUGAUGUUUUCUUAAUAUGAGUCAAAAGAUACACUAAGUUAUUUUUUCAUCAUAGUAAAUUAGAUGUAUUAUUUUCUAUAUGUGAUGAGACCUGGUAUUACAAGUCAGAAUACCUGACCGCCAAGAUGACUGGGCCAAAGAAGGUAGGCGAAUAAAAUGCUCGAGGCUGUAGAAAAAUAUUUGCUGCCAGCCCGGGUUAUAUUAUGUAUACUACAAAGAACUUUAAAGUUUUGCUGAGCAGAGACUCGAAAGGUCGUACAUUUGAUGGGUUGGAUGUCUCUUGUUUCUUUAAAAUUGGUAAUAAAUAAUGCGGUAUUUUAUUUCUCGGUCCAGUCAUCCUGACGGUUACCAUAUUCCUUUUAGAAUGGUGAUAUUCAUCUGUCAAACGUACAUACAACUGACAUUUUUUUUUUUAACAAUGUUAGGAUAAAUUCCAUUCCUAUCCUGUAGUUAAUCGAUAUUUUGUAAUAAGAACUUAUGCGCCUAGCCUUACCAUUUAUCA